UGCUGCGUUCGAGAGUAACCAUUUUCUCGCUUGGAGAUUCGAGUGUUGUCUGCGGCUCGUGCAUUUUUUUUCAUCGGUUUCAUUCCGGCCAAACCUAAUAAUCGCCGGGCUUGUCGUGUUGCCAACGGCCUGGCAAUUAUGUCCCACACAAUCCUGCUAGUCCAGCCCGGGAAGCCGGAGACCCGCACGUACUCUGACUAUGAGUCGGUGAACGAGUGCAUGGAGGGCGUGUGUCACAUCUACGAGGAGCACCUGAAGCGGCAGAACCCCAACACACCAUCCAUCACCUACGACAUCAGCCAGCUGUUUGACUUUGUGGACCAACUGGUGGAUCUGAGUUGCCUUGUGUACCAGAAGUCAACCAACACAUACGCACCAUACAACAAAGCGUGGAUCAAAGAGAAGAUCUACAUUCUGUUGCGGCGGCAAGCAUCGAAGAGCCAGUCCUGAGCGGUGGGCGUUUCCUUGGCCGUCUUAUCCAACCGCAGCGCUGCCAGCUGCCGGUGCUGCUCCUAAAAUAAGUGGCCGUUACUGUUGCCCAGAUUUUUUUUUUUUUUUUUUUUCUUUUUUUGAGUCUCGUCGGCCCACCCUCACUUUUCACUUAAUUUCCAAAGCUGUGUUGUGAGUGAGCAUCUCUCCAUCGGCUGUUUUUGCCAUUUGCCAGCUGUUUGCAUUCUCAUCUUGGAAGUUUGUCGCAUUUCGUCAUUCAUGGCGGUGCCGCCAUUGCCCCGUUUUCAAACCAUCAUCUCGACAAGGAAAGCGUCAUUUUCCCGUGUGUCUCCCUGAACGUGCACCUGUUGUGCAAGUUUUGAGGUGUAUAAUAAAUGUAAAAAGGUGUUGUGUGAUAA